CCCGUCUUUCCCCCCGAAAUUAAGUGGAAAUUUUACUUCUUUUUCUCCUUUGGUGUAACGAAUGCGGGACCGAUUUUUCUGGGUUUCUAAAAGAUUUGACCUUUCUUCCCGUAAAUGUUUACUGGGGAUUUUUCUCUACUGGGUUUGGAUAAUCGUAGCUGGUUAGCUUGGGUUUGAGGGUUUGGGAAUUGGAUCUUACUGUUAGACCAUUUGAGAAAGUUCAGUUCUUGAUGGUUUUCCACCCCCGAGAGAUCUAAUCGAAUUUGGUGCGAGCGAUGCAGUUGUUCAGUCGCGAGAUCAAUUAGAGCAAAAACAAUACAGUUUUGGCAAUGGAUAAAGCUUCCCAGGACUGUCCUUACCCAGGAUGUUUCUUCUGUGUAAUGAAAGAAGGCAACCCGAGCAAAAGAAGAUCAUGCAUUCUCAAGUUCUUUCGGGAUCUUCCUUCUCAAGAUGACGACGGUCAAGUCCUCCCGAUCAGUGGCCUCUGGAAUACUGCUAUGGCUCACCCAAACGAUCCCGAGUUCAUCGAUCUUGGAAUAUUCGAGUGUAUGUCUGCGUUGAUCUGGAAAGGACUGAAAAACCGACGCUGGCUCUCACAUGACCAGAACAUAUACAUCCCAUAUUAUGCCGCUCAUAUAAUCGGAUCUUAUACCAUGAAUAUGGAAGAAUUUGCAGAGAGAGCUGUGGAGGCCGGUGUCAUCCCUCCCCUUGUUGAACUCUUGAGGGGUCGUCUCACUUGGGUCGAACAGAGAGUGGCUGUUCGAGCUUUAGGGCAUUUAGCUACUUACCCGUCCACUUUUCCUGCUGUGGCAAAUCACGGGGAAAUCCUCGAACUUGCCAUCCAACUAGCUAUGAGUUCAUUGGAGAUUGUUUAUUCUCAUUUUUAUCAGAACGUGGAUCGAAGACUGAGUUACCAUUGUGAUUUGCUGACACGCGGAAUGGGAGGUGUCGAAAUGGAGUCGAGAAAAGCCGAGGAGUGGGCUAGCCAACUGCAGUGCUGGUCGCUUCAGCUCAUUAACUGUUUUGCCUUUAAACCCGAGUUUCUUCCUACUUUGUGCAAACCCGAGUUUUUGGUGAGUCUUCCGGGAUUGUGGGGUGGGCUCGUUAACGAGAACUCACCAGCCGGAAUUGGUUUGCUGAGAACAAUCUGUCAGCAUAAACUCGGCCGUGGACCCGUCUCUACUUGUGCCGGAAUGAUUGAGGCGCUGUGUAAUAUCGCUCGUUCUUCCGAUGAUUGGCAGUAUAUGGCAAUAGAAUGUCUUCUUUGGCUGCUUCAAGAUCCUAAUACAUGUCACAAGAUGAUCGAUAAGGCAGUGCCAACCCUUGUGGACCUCGCUGAAAUUGCAAACCUUGGAGACCACAAGAAACUUGGAGAUUCCAUAGUCAGCGUUCUUCAAGAAUGCCUCCAAUCACAAGGCCCGGGACGCAACUCCAUGAGUAAUCAAUCGAAGGAAUCAAUCGAAGAGAUAGUAAAUUCCCGGCAACGGCUCAAAUGGGAGAAGAACAUGCCGAAAGAGGAUCUUCACAUAAAACAAGCAGCAGCUUUAGUGGUAAAACUCGAAGGGAAUUCCCUCUUCUCGUCAGGAAACAUCGCUGGUGCAGCAGGAAAGUACUCAGAAGCGUUAUCCUUAUGCCCGAUGAGGUCCAAGAAGGAAAGAGUCGUGUUAUACAGUAAUCGAGCUCAGUGCCAUCUCUUACUGCAGCAGCCAUUGGCAGCCAUUAGCGACGCCACUCGUGCUCUGUGUCUGCACAACCCGGUUAACAGGCAUGCCAAAAGCCUUUGGAGAAGGGCUCAGGCAUACGAUAUGCUCGGGUUAGCGAAAGAGAGCUUGUUAGACGCGAUUCUAUUCAUCAACGAGUGUUCUCAGUCAAAUGAUCCGGAUCUUUCUCUGAGACAAAACAAGGUUCCGGAUUACGCAGAGAGAUUGGUGAAGAAGCAAAUGCGAGCUGCUUGGUUGUUUAGGGAGGCGGCUCUGAAGCAUGGGGGUGUUCAUGGCAAAGGUGAUGAGAGGGAUGUGUAUGGGCAUGAAAGCGAUGACUCGGAAUGGGAGACGGCCAGUGAAAGCGAUAUAGGGGAUGACGGAAGAGAUCAGAUGGGCCAUGAUGAGGAUGAUGAUGACGACGACAACGACGACCCGAAAGAUAAAUAUGAUAAACCACUUCCAAAAGCUUAUUCUUCAGACAUGAGGCAUGGAUAUGGCACGAAGCUAGCAGAAGAUGUGCUAUGAAACCAUUGAGCAGAACAGGUGGAACAUUGAACAGUUGCAAUGGAUCAAGAGUUGUAAACAAACGAGACUGGUGUUUCAGAGAACCCAAGGAAAGGUACGAGGAUGUCUGAAAGCCCAAGUAAACAAGUCUGAGAAGAAAAACAACGUGUCUCUGUUUUUUUUGUCUUAGAAUCAAGAAACAUGCGUCAAGGAAAUUGUAAGUUUUCAAAUUAGUACAGGAAAUUGAUUUUGUUGUUUCCAAUUAUCUUUAUUUUUCUUUCGUGUGUAUGUAAGAACUUUUCAAUGCGCAUUAAAUAGACAAUAUAUGAGUGUUA